AUGUCGUGCCGAGUUACCAUUGCCCAGGGCACGCUCGAGGGCAAAGCCUGCACUACGCACAGCGGGAAGAAGUAUUACAGCUUUGAAGGCAUACCAUACGCCAAGCCUCCAGUCGGUAGCCUGAGGUUUAGGGAUCCCCAAGAGCCCGACAGCUGGACAGGUGUCCGCGAUGCGACCAAGCCGGGUAACAAAUGCGCCCAAGUGAACCCUUACAACCCAUCUUCUCUCAUAGGAUCCGAAGACUGCCUCUACCUGAACGUUUACACGCCAUGUCUGCCGUCGGAGAAAUUGGAGAAGUUGCCCGUGCUGUUCUUCGUCCAUGGCGGCCGCUUCCUCGUCGGCUACGGCGAUUAUUACCGGCCGGACUACUUAAUAAGGCACGACGUCAUCCUGGUGACGUUAAACUACAGACUGGGCAUAUUCGGAUUCCUCUGCUUGAACAUACCGGAGGUUCCCGGGAAUGCUGGCCCGAAGGACACCGUAAUGGCCUUGAGAUGGGUGAAGGCCAACAUACAUCAGUUCAACGGUGACGCGAACAAUAUCACGGCGUUAGGCGAGAGCGCCGGUGCGGGGCUCGUGACGUCAUACCUUUUCUCCCCAAUGGCGAACGGCUUGUGCCACAAGGUCAUAGCGCAGUCGGGCAACGUGCUCUCCGAUUUGUACAUCAUCGACGAGGAUCCAUUGGAUAGGGCGAAACAAAUAACGAAGUUCAUGGGCAGCGAUAUGACAGACCCCAUGGCCAUUUACGACUUCCUUUCGAAGGCUCCAGUUGAAGAGCUGAUGAUGGGCCUAAUGGGCGCCGAGCUCAGCAGGCCGCCAGCCAUCAUCAACUCCUUCCUGCUCCCCGUGGUGGAGAAGAAGUUCGACGGCGUCGACCGCUUCUUCGCGGAAUACCCGAUCGUGUCGAUACGCGAGGGCCGCUGCAAGAGGCUGCCCACAAUAAUCACCCUCAACUCCCACGAGGGGGCGCCGUUCCUGCAGCAGGACGGGGCAGGCGAGAUCCGCUACGAAGCGGACCUGCGCCACUUCAUACCGCGCUACCUCGCCAUCAGACACGACACGCCGACCGCGCUGAGAUUCGCUAAGCGCCUCCGCGACUUCUACUUCGACGGAAAGGACGUGAACGACAGGAGGAGGUACUUGGAUUUCGUAUCAGACGCCUACUUCGCAAGGGACACCGUUAUCUUCGCCGAGGGCCUGGCGAAAGCGAACGUUGACGUCUACUUCGGCUACUUCUCUUACGCGGGGAACAUGAACACAAGCCUGAUGAAGAGACUCGACAUAAAGGGCGCGUCACACGGCGACCUGGUCCAGUACGUGUUUUAUAGACAAAGCAAGGCCGCCAAGUGCACGGAGAGCGACCGACGUAUGGUCGACUUCUUAUGUGAGGCGUGGUGCGACUUCGCCAAGGACGGCAAACCGAAGUGGACUGGUCAACAGGUAGAGUGGUUGCCAUACGACAGGAGCAGGAAACUCACCCUCCACAUCGACGAAGAGCUGCGACUGGUUCCCAACCCCAACUGGGACAGGUACAGCGUCUGGUCUAACCUCAUGGGGGAGAGGUGCAAACUG